AUGAAUAUAUGUAAAGUAUUAAAUCUUCAUUUGAAACCCCAACGGUUCGGACAAUUACGGAACUUCCAUAUUUGUAAUGCAUUAAAGUAUGAAAAUGAAAGGAGAUCGUACAGACAAUUUGAUCAUAGUUCGUUAUCUCGUACUAUUCCUGCUUUACCAACAUUUUAUUCAUCCAACCCUCCACAUGAAUAUCGUAUUCAACGACUUGAAUCGUUGAUUAAGAAGUAUGCUAAAUAUCCUACUGUCCAAGAGACAAUUCGAUUUGAUCAAGAAAAUGGGAAUAUGACUAUCAAUAAGAGAGAGAGACCUAAUUGGAUCUCUAUUGAUCAAUAUAAGAUGAUUGGCGGGGACACUCGUUUGAAACCAAAGCAAUAUGAGAAUUUAAUACGAUUAUUGAACCGUUUAUAUCAAAUCGAUGGGCAAUUAAGUAACUUAGAAAUUAAAGAAGAAUUGAAUAAAUAUUUACAUAAACCACCUCUAUCAUUCCAAGCAGAAAAUUUGCAUCAACAGAAACAAUUGGAUAAGUAUGGACGUGCAUUAGGAAUCAGCCAUCGUAAAACUGCUCGUGCCAAAGUGUAUGUAGUUCGUGGAUCAGGUGAAGUUCUUGUCAAUGGUCGUCAAUUGAACCAAUAUUUUUUAAAGAUGAAAGAUCGUGCUAAUAUAUUGAAACCUUUACAAGUCACCCAAACUAGUGGUGAGUUCAAUCUUUUCAUUCUUGUCUCUGGUGGUGGAUUAACUGGUCAAUCCGAAGCUGCUAUGCAAGCAAUUUCUAAAGCUUUACUAAUAUGGAAUCCUCUAUUGAAACCAUGCUUACGUCAAGCUGGAUUAAUGACUAGGGAUUAUCGUCAUGUGGAAAGAAAGAAACCUGGCCAUAAGAAGGCAAGAAAGAUGCCAACUUGGGUGAAGCGUUAA